UCUUCCUCUGUCUCCCCCUCCCCACACCAAAAGCAGCAAGCAAGCGCACCGCAAAGCCAAGCUCUGCUCGAAACUCGCCCCCACCCACAAUGGCGGCUUCAGCAACGUGCUUCUUUUUCUUCGACACCGAGCCGCUCGGCGAGCCCGGCAUGCCGACGCUGGACGCGUGCGCGCUCUGCUCCAAGCCGCUGGCGCGCGACAGCGACAUCUUCAUGUACAGAGGGGAUACGCCCUUCUGCAGCGAGGAGUGCCGUGACGAGCAGAUGCAGCCCGACGCUAUCUGCUCCAGGCAGGCCGCCCGGAGGCAGCAGCGUUUUUCGUCCGGAUACGAUGCCCGGCGCUGGCAUCAGGACUCCGGGAAGGUGUCCGUCGCGAGCUAGCCGGCAAAGCUCGUAGCCCAGUAGAGUAGAGUUUGGCUUGAAUCAACGGGAUCCGAAGAAUCGCCGAUCUGGCCGGCGAUACGAACGAGAUUGGUCUCUCCGGUUUGUCUCUCGCCUGAGACGGAGAAGCGGUGAUGUAUCUAUCAAAGUUCAUGUGCUGAGGCUCCGGCCAUCUUGGUCGCCCACUGGACGCAUCCUUCUCCUGGCUCCUUUUCGCCUCUGUGUGUGUGUUUGUUUGAGGCUUGCGAUGUGAGCCGCGGUUGGUGCAAGUGCAACACAGCAACACCAUGUGUAAAUCCAAACCAUUUGGAAAUCCUCAUUUCAAAAUUUUUU